UUCCUGCUCUUCUGAGGAAGUGAUCUGUUUUUCUGAGUGAGAGAUGAUUUCCAGAAAAGUGCUGGUGGGAUUUCUUGUCUGCCUGGGUGUCAUUGCUGUGGUUAUCUGGGCUAGAGCUGGGAGUGGAAAAGUGCACUACCUGCCCUACUACCUUCCCUGCCCCGAAAUCUUCUCCAUGAAACUCCAAUAUACAGAAGAGAAGCUAAUCCAGCUUUUCCCCCAAUUAUUUUAUCAGCAGCCAAGAGUGCUGGUGCCAAAGCGCCAGGAUGUGCUGACAGUCACACCAUGGCUGGCCCCCAUCGUCUGGGAAGGGACCUUUGACCCUGAGAUCCUGGACAGUGCCUACAGACCCCUGAACCUCACCAUAGGGGUGACAGCCUUUGCUGUUGGCAAGUACACCAGGUUUGUGCGUCGCUUCCUGGGGUCUGCAGAGCAGCAUUUCAUGCGUGGCUACCGAGUGAACUAUUACAUCUUCACAGACAGCCCUGAGAGCGUUCCCCCAGCCCAGCUGCAGCCAGGGCGCAGGCUGGUCACCGUCCCCGUGCACAAAUACUCCAGCUGGCAGGAGAUCUCCAUGCGCAGGAUGGAGGCCAUCAGCCGGCACGUGGCCCAGGUGAGCCAAAGGGAGGUGCAGUACCUCUUCUGCCUGGACAUUGACAUGGUGUUCCACAACCCCUGGGGCCCCGAGACCCUGGGGGACAUGGUGGCAGCCAUCCACCCCGGCUACUUCGCAGUGCCACGGGAGCAGUUCCCUUAUGAGAGGAGGAGCUCCUCGGCAGCCUUCAUCCCUGAGGGAGAAGGGGAUUUCUACUACGGAGGAGCCGUGUUUGGAGGCUUGGUCAACAAAGUCUAUGAGUUCACCAAGACCUGCCACAUGACCAUCCUGGCUGACAAAGCCAACGGGAUCAUGGCGGCCUGGCAGGAGGAGAGUCACCUCAACAGGCACUUCCUGACCCACAAACCCUCCAAGCUGCUUUCUCCAGAGUAUAUAUGGGACGACAGGAAGCCAAAGCCCCCCGAAAUCCGCCUCAUACGUUUUUCCACGGUGGAUAAGAACUACAAAGAGAUCCGAAAUUGAUCAUCUGAUCCCUGCACAGAGAUCCUCCACGCAACCAAACCUGCACGAUGUGCCCCACCAUGCAUUUUGGGAAGGAACUUGGAAGGGAAUGUGUGGAUAGUUCCUCUGGACAACGGAGUCUAAAUGCAUUUCAGAAGCAGCAGUCAAAGUGCAGGUGGGACUGAAAAGGAUUCUGGAUUCCCACUCUUUGUAAGUACAUUCUACACACAAAAAAAAGCGUCCUAAAGGCCAGUUAUCCAAUGCAUGGCUGUGGUUGCCCUUGCCUGAGUGUUUUCCCAAGGGCUGGUGGAAACUUUACAAGAUCAAAAUGGUAUUUGACGUUCCUGUGGAGAAGACCUUGGACUUUGGUAAAGACCUUUCCAUUUAAAAAAAAAAAAAAAGGAAUGUUGCAGGGCAAUAAAUUUUCAAUAAAUUUUCCUGUGUUGUGAUUU